AUGCCAAUUCCCACAAAUGUCAUUGAAUGGUUCAAAGAAAUACUCUCUUCAUCCUCCUUAUCAACCAAGUCUUCUCUUGUUCAAAUUCCUUUUGAAGUCUUUCAAGAUCAAAUAUUUAGUUAUCUAGCUGGAGAAGAUCACACUCUCCGAAAGUGUAGUCUCGUUUGCAAGGCUUUCUUUGAGAUGUCCACUUCCGAUGCCAUGUACGAUGUUUGUAUGCAACGAGAUUUUCCCUUCUAUUCGAGAAGACUCAAACAUCUCAAUGAAUACUCAAAUUUGUAUUUGAAAUUCAAUAGAAGAACAAAGGCUGCAUCGAAUAUCAAUGAAUUAUUUUGGGCCCUCAUUGAAAAAGCAAAUAGAGAUGCCUCCUAUCUUGAAAGAAUGAUUGUGGAAGAAGGUUAUUUAGAUUUCAUUCAUCAACUCGAGAAUGAGUUUGAUAAAACCACGAACACUCUCUAUGAAGCCUCUAGAAAGGAGGAUUUGAGUUGCUUUGAAUAUGACGGAGGCUUGUAUGCCAUGUGUCUUGUGAUUUCUCAAGGUAAACAAGCUUGGGAGGAAAUGUGCCAAGAUCCUUCGAAGGGAGAAGACAUGGAUGGAGAUGAAUCGUUUCUUUAUCCAUUUAGCAGUUAUACUUAUGAAUUGGGAGAAUAUCAGGAAGAAGAACCUCCUCUUGAUUUGUUAGCACAAGGUUAUGAUGCCUUUAAACAGAACCGCUAG